UUUCGUUUUCCCUUGUGGAAGGUCGAUGUUCCCGGUGUAAAUGCGGAGUUUCCCUAAAGUGAGACCCGUGGGACUCCACUCAGUCCCCGAGAGCCCGGAACCACCGGUCGGAGCACCGCGUUCCCUUAGUGCCCUCAUUAACGAUCACUUACGCGCCCACGGCUCUGGAAUACCCGAGGCCUUUUGGCUGCGAACAACGGGAAGAGCAUUUCCGGUACCUGUUGCCACGGCGCCGGCCCAGUGGGCCUAAGGGGGCGAAGUUAUUGGCGUCCUCUCGCCGCUUUCUGGGGGUAGAGAUGUCGGGGCUCAGCUACUCAGAGAUGGAGGGCUGUCGUAGCCUGCUCGGUCUGUUGGACAACGACGAGAUCAUGGCCCUAUGCGACACCAUCACCAACCGCCAGGUGCAGCCGGAGGACCGCCAAGAUGCCAUUCAUGCAAUAUUAGUGUACAGUCAAAGUGUCGAAGAACUUUUGAGGCGUAAAAAAGUCCACCGAGAAAUCAUAUUUAAGUACUUGGCAACACAGGGGGUUAUUAUACCUCCAGCUACUGAAAAACACAAUCUUAUUCAGCAUGCAAAGGAUUACUGGAAAAAGCAGUCACAAUUGAAAUUGAAGGAAACGCCAGAGCCAGUUAAGACAGAGGACAUUAGACUCUUUGAACAGGAGAAAGAAGAUAAAAAAGCUGAAAACGUUGAUUUUCGUCGAUUAGGUGAAGAAUUCUGUCACUGGUUCUUUGAACUUCUUAAUUCUCAGAAUCCUCUUCUGGGACCACCUCAAGAUGAAUGGGGGCCACAGCACUUCUGGCAUGAUGUCAAGCUUAGGUUUUAUUACAACACAUCUGAACAAAAUGUGAUAGACUACCAUGGAGCAGAAAUUGUGAGCCUUCGUCUGCUGUCACUAGUGAAAGAAGAAUAUCUUUUUCUCAGUCCCAACCUAGAUUCCCAUGGACUGAAAUGUGCUUCUUCUCCCCAUGGUCUGGUUAUGGUUGGAGUUGCUGGGACUGUCCACCGAGAGAACACUUGUUUGGGCAUUUUUGAACAAAUUUUUGGACUCAUCCGCUGCCCUUUUGUGGAGAAUACUUGGAAAAUCAAAUUUAUCAACCUGAGAAUUAUUGGAGAGAGUUCCCUUGCUCCUGGAACAUUAAUGAAACCAGCUAUUACACUUGAACCAAGUGAUCUAGAAGCCUUUUAUAAUGUAAACACUUUGUGUGGUCCAGUGAAGGAUGACUCAGUGUAAGGCAGGCAUUGGAUAGUGAGACUGGAGACCAAACUUUAUCUAGUGGAAAUGAGGCACUGUUGAACAAAAGAGAACUAAUUUUACCUAGCCCUUGAAGCAUUGAGUACUAUAUUUCAGUCUGAAAAAUCUUCUAUACAGAAAUUCUUCCAAAUACUACAUCAGUAAUGUCUAAGUGAUUUCAGAUUUGGGGAUUGACAUAUUUUAGUUGAAAUGUCUUUCUUGACUACAGACUAACAUGUUAUGUGAACACUUGCCUCUUUCUACUUGAGUUGCAGCAAAUGUUCUGAAGGCUUCAUGCAAUUCAUCAAAUAAAUCCCACUUUAGAUGUAACUAACUGUGUGCCUUAGAAACCAGUUAAUAUUUUCAUUUUACUUGGUGGAUAUUCUGCUAAUAUCUGUACUUGUCAUGCGGGAAAAAAUUAAUAGUGUUCAAGGCUUCCCCUUUUAAUUUUCUCAUUUACUUUUGUCUAAAUCUGGGUAAUUUUACAAAUGCAUCUCAUGACAAUAUUGCUUAAAAAAUACAAAUUUUA